UUCAAAAACCUUACAUAUUUUCCUGCUGCCUAGCCGUGGGGUAUCUUAUCUCAAGGGCAACGUUCCCUUGGGGCGACUCCUAUUGAGCCCCACGAGCCAUCAUCAUUUUUUGAUAGACAGAGAGCCUUCUUGUUAUCUCCCAGAGGAAACCGGACCUGGAGGAUCUGGAUGUCAAAAGCACUCCCAGGGCCCUUGCCCCUGGUGACUUAAUGACCACCAAGGAUGAAGGACUCCUCUGUGAAGGGACCUGAACACCCUAGCUAAAUCGAGGCACUGAGCAUUUAGGAGGUGGGAAAAGGGAAGAUCAACUUGGUGAUGGUGGUGGUCUUCCUCUUACAAGGUCCCUUCUCCACUCAAUCAUGGAGUAUUUAAGAAAAGCAUUGGAACAGCUUGAUCCUAAAUUAGUCAAACGCUCAAAGCUGGUGGAAGUUGAAGGAACCUUUUUACUUGAUAAUACUGCUGCAAACCUGGAGCUCUUAAGGAAUUUUAAAGCCCAGCCUGAUGACCUUCUCAUUUGCACUUAUCCCAAAGCAGGGACUACCUGGAUGCAAGAAAUAGUGGACAUGGUGCAGCAUGGAGGAGACAAACAGAAAUGUGCAAGGGCUCCCAUAUAUAAACGGAUUCCCUUCAUAGAUUUGUUUCCUAUGAAACCCAUAUCUUCAGGUUUGGAAAUGGCAGAAGAAAUGCCUUCCCCGCGCACCCUGAAAUCUCACCUCCCAGUCCAGCUUCUACCACCUUCCUUCUGGGAACAGAAUUGCAAGGUCAUUUAUGUAGCUAGAAAUGUUAAAGACACCAUUGUUUCUUAUUUCCAUUUUCACCGCAUGAAUCAGGGGUUGCCGGAUCCAGGGAACUGGGAUCAGUUUUUAAAGAGCUUCCUUACAGGAAAGAUUGCCUGGGGCUCUUGGUUUGAGCAUGUCCAAGGCUGGUGGGAGGCUAAGGAUCGUCACCCAAUCCUGUAUCUCUUUUAUGAAGACAUAAAAGAAGAUCCAACCAGAGAAAUCCUGAAGGUCGCUCACUUCCUCAACGUUGAACUCCCAGAUCCAAUUCUGGAGGAGAUCACUGAACAUACAAAGUUUGAAACUAUGAAAGAGAACCCCAUGGCCAAUUACCUCACUCUGCCUGACUUCGUGAUGAACCAAGCUUUGUCCCCAUUCAUGAGAAAAGGUGUUGUAGGAAACUGGAAGGAACACUUUACUGUGGCUCAAAACGAAAAGAUAGAUGAAAUCUCUUCCCAGUUAUUAGCAGGCAGUGGCCUGGUCUUCCGCACUGAGCUGUAAGUCUUCACUCUGGAGAAUAAUGUAAUUAGCACCUGCAUGUGUCGUUUGGUGUGUUCAAUAAAAAAAAGCUAUUGAAAUACCUUA